AUGGGUGCGGGCGGGGUAGGCGAACAGGGUCUGCAGGACUCGAUACUAGAGACGCCCGUCUAUGUGCUGGCAUUCGUGUUCUUCUGCUUCAUGGCGCUAUCCAUCAUGUUUGAAUAUAUUGUGCACUUUCUGCAGCACCUGUGCCAACACAAGGGCCGUCCUGGGAUGGCUGAUGCUGUGAAUAAGAUCGUGAUGGAGCUGACGCUGCUGGGCUUUGUAUCGCUGCUGCUCCAGACAUUCUCAUCGCCGCUGGGCAAGAUGUGUGACAGCCCUACCAUGGAGUCCUGGACCUGGCUGAGCAACCUGCAGGGCUGCCCCUGCUGCCUGGCCCACACCAACAGCGUCAGCAUCUGCGCCGAGAUGCACCACGACUGCCUAUACAACGUCACCAGCAGGCAGCCGUUCUGCGGCUGCGAGGUCACCGGCUCCCAAGCAUACAUUGACAGCGGCGGCGACACUUCUGCCUUUGUGGCUUCCGGCCAGCUGGACGACACCUGCCAGCCAUACGAGCUGAGCGAGCUCCAGUUCUACAUCGACGUCUCCACCAAUGCCCUCGCCUCCCUGGCAGAUCUGCUGGGCAUGUCAGAGGGCGAGAUGUGUGCGCUGCUGGGCAAGAACGACACAGACUAUACAGUAACUGCCACCACGGAGGACGAAGCAUAUGAUAUCAACUCAAACUGGGAAAGCUCGUUUCGGCGGCGGCGCCUGCUGGCCGGCGACGGCGAGGGUGGCGACGGCGGCGCCAUCACUAAUCCCCUGGCGGUCAUUCUCAGCAACCUGGAGAGGAACUACAGCGGCCCGGGCGCAUCCCCCACCACGGUCCACAUCUUGCCCCGGGUCAAGCUGUUCAAGUGCACCGGCUCCUUCAUGAGCAGCGCCUGCCCCCCCGGCAAGGUCCUCCUCAUCUCAGCCAACUCCCUGCACCAGGUCCACAUCUGGCUGUUCCUCAUCGCCACUUUCCACGUGGCGGUGUCGAUGUUCCAGAUGGCAGGCGCCGAGCUGCUGGUGCGCUGCCUGUGGCGGCGGUGGGAGCGCCAGGCGCAGCUGCAGGAGGCGGCAGGCGGCGCAGCAGCGGCCCGCCUGGAGCCGUGCGCAUCCGACAUGGAGCUUGGUAGCGCGGGGAAAGACGCCCCGGCCCCGGCGCCGGCGCCAGCGCCCGCCGAGCCAGGCGCAGAGGCGGUGGUGGCGGCGGGAGCGGCGGCGGCGGGGUGUGCGGCGGCCGUUGCGGCCGGCGUGCGCACGCUGCGGCGGCGGUGGCGGUACCGGAAGUUGCAGAGGCACGGCGCGCACGGCAUGGCGCUGGAAGCCGCCAUCUGCUGCAUGCGGUCGCUGUCGCCGCUCAUGGUCACACGCAGCACGUUUCUGGUGAUGCGGGCGGCCUGGCUGUCGGGCAUGCCGCAGCCGGCAGCAGCCGGUGGGGAGGUGCAGGAGCAGCCGUCCAGCCCAGGCGACGCCGCCGGCAGCAGCAGUGGGGGCGGCCACAAGGGCGGCGUCGUGCCGGCGGGCGCAGCAGCAGCAGCCGUUGAGGGCCAGCCGCCUCCAGACUUUGUGUCUCAUGUGCUCGAGUGUCUUGAUCACGACAUGCCCGCUCUGGUCGGGCUCAGCGUGGAGAUGGGCCUGGUGAUCGUGGUCAUCGUGCUGCUGACGGGCGCCUUUGGCUGGGCGGGUUCCCUGGUCAUGCUGGUGGCUGCCCUGAUGCUGCUGGCUACAAACAUUGCACUGGUGGCCCUGCUGCGCCACAGCUGCCGCGGCGGGCGACCACACCCGGCCAAGCACCGCAGCAAGUGGUGGCGCCGCCCCUCCCUGCUGCUGGGCAUCCCCAUCCGCCUCCUCCUCUUCCUCGUCUCUUACGUCUUCUCCACCACCACCCUCUUGGCCUGGCAGUUUGGCACCGACUCGUGUUUCUUCGAUGCCACGGCCGAUUCAUGGGGCAACUGGGCGCUGCAGCACUGGGUGGGGCUGACCAUGGCCUCGGUGUUCCUGCUGUGGAUGUCGGCAGCCACCAUCCCCGCCUUUGCCCUGGCGGUGCACACCCACACCAGGCUGCCGCCACGGGGCGCCCACGGCACCCCCGACGCCUCCACGCACAGCGGCAGCCAGCCCAUGCAGCUGGUGCCAGCCUGGGCCGGGGGCGGCGGCGGGUGCUUGGGCGGUGGCGCCGAGGCGGCGGGCGCCGAGGCGGGAGGCGGGGGGCCAGCGCAGGAGCUGCGAGCCGAGGCGCAGUGGCUACGGGCGCGCCUGGCCGUUGUGGAGGCCAGCCUGGCGGUCCAGGAGGCUGCAGCGGCGUCGCCGCCUGCUGCAAAUGGGGGCGGUUCCGGGGCCAAGGCCCAUGAAGCAUGA